GACAGCUACACACACACACACACACACACACACACACACACAGCCCGCUGUUAUCUCUCUCUCUCAGGCCUGUGUGUGUAUUGAUGUGUUUUUGAGGACGGGAUGGAUUUCAGUGUGAAGAAACUCGCCUGCGAUGCCGGAGUUUUCUUUUCUCGAGCUGUUCAGUAUACAGAGGAGAAACUGGGCCAGGCCGAGAAGACGGAGUUGGACGCUCACUUUGAGAGCUUGCUUGCCAGAGCAGACUGCACCAAGAACUGGACCGAGAAAAUCUACAGACAGACAGAAGUUCUGCUACAGCCAAACCCAAGUGCCAGGAUCGAGGAAUUCCUUUAUGAAAAACUUGAUAGAAAACUUCCGUAUCGAGCCACUAAUGGAGAAAUUCUGGGCCAGUAUAUGCUCGAAGCGGCCAAAGAGUUUGGACCAGGAACACCGUAUGGGAGUACCCUGAUUCAGGUGGGUGAUUGUCAGAGGAGGCUGGGAGGAGCUGAGCGAGAGUUUCUCCAGACGUCCUCGAUUAGCUUCCUCACACCGUUACGCAACUUCCUGGAGGGAGACUGGAGGACAAUAACGAAAGAGCGGAGGCUGCUGGAGAACCGGCGGCUGGAUCUGGACGCCUGUAAAGCGAGGCUAAAAAAGGCUAAAGCAGCAGAAGCUAAAGCUGCUUGUGAGGGAGAAGCAGUUCCAGAUUUCCAAGAGACCAGACCUCGAAAUUACGUACUGUCUACAAGCGCCUCGGCCCUCUGGGGUGAAGAGGUGGAGAAGGCGGAGCAGGAGCUGCGAUUGGCUCAGACAGAGUUUGAUCGGCAGGCGGAGGUCACGCGGCUGCUUCUGGAGGGAAUAAGCAGCACACACGUGAAUCAUUUGCGAUGUCUGCAUGAGUUUGUUGAAGCUCAGGCCACGUAUUAUAACCAGUGUCAUCACUUCAUGCAGGAGCUGCAGAAAGAGCUCUCCAGUGCUAAUGGAGAUGUACGGUACCCGAACUCGUUUCUGGUGAACCCCAGAUCAGUCAGGAGCUCCUCUGGAGACGCCUCCUCCACCGUACCUGUAAACUCUCUGAGUCCGGAGGCGGAGGCUCUUCAGAUCGAGGAGGUUCAGCCUCCCGCCAGCGGAACUCGGAAAGCUAAAGUCCUGUACGAUUACGACGCUGCGGACUCCAGCGAACUCUCACUCCUCGCAGACGAGCUCAUCACAGUGUACACGGUUCCAGGGAUGGACUCUGAUUGGCUGAUUGGAGAAAGAGGAAAUCAGAAAGGGAAGGUGCCCGUCACGUACCUGGAGCUUUUAAGCUAAAAAUUCUGUUUAGAAACAGGAAUUAAUGCUUCAAUCACAUGCACUAACGUUAUUAUUCAGACACGAACUCGGAUUCAUACGUCUGAUACAAAACUUAGUACUCUGAGAGUGUUUAAUCUGUUUUUAUUUUAUUUUAUUUUAGUUUUAGUUUACUGACUCUCUGCAGCCAUAUUUAAAGCGCUCUGGAAAAGCUUUUUGUUUCACUACAUCCUGAAUUAACCAUUCAGACAAAAUUAACCAAUUUCUGAUCCUACAUUACAGCACGAUCACAUUCCAGCAGCAUCACAUCUCUCUUAAAUAUUCCAGCAGCCAAAAAAAAGCCAAAACGCAUCUGAAAGCCACGCUAAGUGCUUCAAAUCAGAAUCUCCAGAGAUUAAUGUAAAUAUCUGCCUGUUAAUCCGUUUAUAUACUAGAAAAUAACCUUCUUCUUUUCAGUUUCUGUAUCUGAUCACAGCUUUACGUCUUCCCUCCUGGAUUAAUCUGCUCUAAAGUUCGCCGCAGGUCAGUUUUGGUGUUUAUCUGCUCGUCUGUUCGCUCUGUUUUAGUGACUCAGCGUUAAAAAGGACCUUCCAGAGCCUCUCUUAUCUACUAUAGCCUUAAUAUACCUCUCAGAAUGUAGCAGCCAGACUCCAACUCAGCGCAAAACACUGUUUACAAAAGCCAGGAUCCCAGAAAAACAUCUCAAAAGAUGCUGUUAAAUAUAUAUUAACAUAUAAUAAUAUAUAUUAAUUUAUAUAUGAUAAUAUGUCACUUGUUUCAAUGUUGUCUCAUUGCUUAAUGCAUAAAGCUGAUGCUUAUUUAAGUAAAUGUGCAUUAGGCUAGAUUUAUUUUACACUGAAAAAAAUAAAAAUGUUGCUUUGAAUUUAAGUGUGAAUUAAAAUAUGACUAUAACUGGUUUCAAGCCAUUAACACAAUUACAAUCCUUAAAAAGCAACUGGAAAACAUGGCAACCACCUAAAGAAUCUGGGAGCUGAUUGUUUGUUCUUUAGAUUUACAUUAAAUUAUAAAUAAAAAAAAAAUCUGAAUUGCAUUGAUGCAACAUUUUAAUUUAGUUUCUCUACAUUUCUUUAAAUUCAAAGCACUUUUUUUUUGUGUAAACUAAAAAAAUCACAUUGGACUGAGAUGCCAAAUAAGUCAGUAGCCACUUCAGAUUGCAUUUUAAUAAAAAUAAUUAAUGGAGAUCAGACUGCAGAGCGUAGACGAGUUUAUGUAGUUUAAAAUUCUGAAAUUCUGGGAAAUGCAUGUUUAUUUAUUAAAUUUGUUUUAUUUUAAUGAUAAAUAUACACAACCCAAAUUCAGAUGUUAGAGAUCUUUCCAUACUUUUCAGCAAAUACGCCAAGAAUCCGCGAUUUAAAGAUGAUCAAAGAUGAUCAAAGAUGAUCAAAGAUGAUCAAAGAUGAUCAAAGAUGAUCAAAGAUGUCAAAUGUAAUGCUCAGCGUCAGCAUGCAGCCUGAAUCCUUAUAAAACACUUUUUUACGUAUUCGCUGAAAAUAAAUGGUUUGUGAUUUUGGUCGUUUUGCACCGUUUGCAGUGUAUAUAGCUGCUUUUUUGUUAUUUUUUGCCUUAGAGAAAGGUGGUGCAGGUUGUGAGAAGGAUGAAUCUGAAAGAUUAUUUUAUUUAUUUCACUUAUUUAUUCAGAACACUUGAAAAAUCUAAAAAAACUUUCUUUGUAAUUAAGUUUUAAACCAAUGCUACACUAAAGUUCUGUGAGUACCUCUUCUUAACAUUUAUUAGGAACAUUGUUAAUAUUCAGUUUGCAUUAUUAUUAUUAUUAUUAUUAUUAUUAUUAUUAUUAUUAUUAUUAUGCAUUGUUGUGUUUUAUUUAAUAUUUGCCAUAUUAGAAGCUUGUUUUUGAGGCCAAACAUCCAGAUGAGGAAGAAGAAGCUUCUUCAUGAUUUCUUAUUUUUUGCAUGUUUUGUCACUUUAAAAUUUUUCUGAUUAGCAAAAAACAAAUGUAAGUUUUAGUCAAAAACAGCACAAGUAAACACAAAGAGCAGGUUUUUUUUGCAGUUGUUGCUGUUAAAGGUGGAAAAAAGCUAUUAUUACGUUUAAAAAGUGCAUUUUGUGUUUACUUGUGUUUUAUUUGACUUAUAUUUAAAUAUAUAUAUUUUUUAUAAGUGACAAGCAUGCAAAAAGUGAAAGUGAAAGUGAAAUGAAGGGAAAACACUUUUUUUCACUUUUUCACACCACUGUAUCUUCUCUGCCUGGCUGCGUAUGUGGAGGCGUGUGUGAGAGAGCCGGAGGUGUCUGGGUGUUUGUUGUUUGAUUUCUGUUUUCUGUAUUUUUGUUGGGUUGUUGUUUUACCCUGUUGCCUUUCUCUCCACUUGUAUUUAUUGCCUGCUCUUGACGCCACGUGGAGAAAACCUAAAGCUUUAUGGAAUGUAAUAAAAUAAUCUGUACCGAUGA